AUCCACACAAUUUAGGUUUAUUGCCAUUUUUGGAGACAUUACUGAACACAGUACACAACCAUUUUGGGAGCAAAACAAAAUCGACUGUCAAGUAAAUAUGACGUCAUCAACGACCGACAUUUUCAAGCUCGAUCCACCCCCCUCCCCCUUCUCUGAUUGGUCCAAGCUUAAUGACACUUAAUUCGCCUCACCUGCAAGUUCUGCUCGGUGCGCACGCGAGCAAGAUCGUCAACAAGCUAGCGAUGUUGUCUUGCGACCAAAAAAGAAAAAAGUACACCUUGUUUUUAUUGAUAGUAACGAUUUACUUGUUCCGCCUCUGUGGUUCUCUACCACCGGCACCGUGGGGGAGCCGAGAGUUAUCCUUAACCGAACGGGGACGGGCCAGACAAGACGUCCCGAAACGGAACCUUGUUGAGCUUCUUGUCCAGGGAACAAAAGUGCACGAAUCUAGCAAGAGUGAUUACAAUGAGUUUUGGUCUCAAACUGAAGAUCGUAUUCCAGAGUCCACUCAAUCCAAACUUAAUGAACCUGUUACUCAGAAGAGCUCGUCAUGGACUUGGAACAAAGGUGAAGCCACUCAAGAUGGACAUCAAAGUCAUUUCCCAGGGUUUUCUGGAGUUGCGCGCAAAGUCUUGGUAUCAUCAUCAUCUGACUCGGUUCCACAUGCAUCUGAGUGGCUGGCGAUGAAGCCCGUGCUGCUGUGUGAUCACCAUUUCAUGACCUUCACAGCUUCAGGACCAGGAUUCUCACAACUCUUAGUGGACAGAGGUGCAGCCUCUCCCAUCUCGCCGUUCCAUCUCGCUCUGUAUUGUGGUUACACCGUGAGAACAUCAUGGAGUGACCUUCAGAUGAUGGUGCCAUAUGAUGCAUGCUACAUUACCCAGGAGAACGGCAGUUACGUGCUGCCCGUGCUUUGGUGGGGCAGCCCACUGAAGCUGUCUUGCCCGGUGCAGAUGCCCGCGGCUGCACCGUCGGUCCCGGUCGUCCUCUGCUCCCCGUACGGCAUAGCGGUGCAUUUGAGCCACCAAGAGAACGGUCUACCGGUGCUUGGAGUUUUGGUAAAUGGAGUUUGGGCUCCAUUUGUUUCUGCUCAGUGUGCAUACCGUGUCGACUCCCGGCCAGAAGAGUUCAUCUUCCUCAUCCCAUUCAUCGCUCCUUGUCUCACAGAUGGACUCGAACUCCAUCUUGUUUUUGAUAAGCAAGAAAUGAUCUUCUCCUGCCCUUUCCCUCCUCCACCAUCUGCUUCACAUCAGUCUUCUGGUGCUCCUCACCGUCCCAAUCCUUCAACUCCGCCUCCAUCUGCAGCCCAAGAGCCGAUUGCUCAAUUUCCUGAUCACCGGCACACCACCGAGACUGACUUGCCAUACCCUCAAAUUCCACAGCCCUCCUCUCCUGGUCUUCGGCCUGACAUUGCACCUUGGUUUUCUCCAGGCGGUGCUCCUGAGGCCCCGCUUCAUCGGUUUUUCUACCCCUCAAAUGCUUUACCUGUUGCACCUGAAUCUUCAACCCAGGAUCCGAUUGCCCAGCUUCCCGAUUAUCCCCACCAUGCUUACCCUGGAUUCCUAUCCCCCACAUUACCCCAGGUCUACCCUCCUGCCUCAGAGUCUGCCACUCUCCCUCAUAUCUCUCAGGAUCCAGGAGCCCUGCUUCAUCAGUUCCAGUAUCCCCAAAAUCCUCUAGCACUUCCUCCCCCUGCACCUCCAACACAGGAUCAGAUAGCUCAAUCUCCAGAUAAUUUCCAUCGUGUUUUCCCUGGGUUCCUGUCCCCUCAUUUUCCCCAGGUUUACCUUCCUGCCUCAAAGCCUGCCAGCCCCCCUCAACCAGCUGCCCCGCAAGCUCCCCACCCAUCCAUGCUUCUGGAUUAUCUUCCGAUACCUUCCUAUCCUUUACCUCCUGUAGCAACUUCGAUGCGAGGACAACUUCCUCCCGCUUCCAGUCCACCAAAACGGCCCUCAAGGCCACAUUAUCAGCCUCCAUCCGAUCUAUAUGGCUUUUACAAUCCAUAUGGACAAUUUUUCUAUCCCAAAAAAGAUCAGCGUCUACUGCCUCCUUCCACUUCUGCUAUUCCCGGCUAUCCUUUUCCCCAAGACCCCAUUUACUCCCUUUCACCUCCAAUUGAGGAUCAUCAGCAAGCCAACUGUCACCCUUACUCUCACACACCUUGUGGCUCCUACCCGUACCCUUUCCCUUAUAGCCAUCCACCCUACCCACCAAUACAGGCCCCUGUGCCCCAGUAUGCAACUGAGUUACCCAAACCAACACAAAAUACUGUGCUGGUCAAGACUUCCAUGAGCCCCUCUCUUGGUCUGAAACCCAAAGUCUUCUGCUCCUCCAAUCGGAUGCGUGUGCAGCUCCCACCUGGUCCAAUCUCUGGAAUUGUUUUUAAAGAUGCAAAAGGGAACGAGAUAAGUGUCCGGGAUGCUCCGAAGCAUUGUGGGUACUCUGCCAGCAUAGGAAAAGACGGCAAAAUCCAGUUUAACCUCCAGUUACACACACGCUGUCACAUGAUUGUGCAGGAUAACAUGUACAUCAUGAGUGUCACCUAUAUGACUCAAAGUGGCAGGAUGGAGGCUCAGUUUUACUGUCCAGUUUCCACGUCCUCAUCUGCACAAGAUUGCAAUCUUCCAAGGGAACAGCAGCUCCCGUGCAAACAAGGCCGCGUAUCCCAGGCGUCAUGUCUCUCCCUGGGCUGCUGCUUCAGCAAGCAUCCCCCUGCCUGCUUCUACCCCAUGGACGCGUGCACAGUAGACCGCCAUUUUGUCUUCUCUGUGCCGGCAUCCCUCACGGAGCCCCCUCUGUCUCCUGGCCUCUUGGGGGUUGCCAACAACUCCACCUGUAAACCAGUCAAAGUGACGUAUGAUUAUGCCUUGUUCAAGCUCCCCAUGGAUGGCUGCGGCGCUCGCAGGAUGGAAGUUGGGAAAACUUUAAUCUAUAUGGUGGAAGUCGUCAACACAUUUCAGACGAUCAGCCUCAAUUAUGGAACCAUCACGAGAGAUUCUCCGUUCAGGUUGCUUGUGGAGUGCAGGUAUGUACCAGGCAGUGCUUUAACUGUGAGCUACUUGGUUAAAACUCCCACCCUGGGGCCAGCGGUCCAGACCCAAGGAGUGUUUGGCAUCCAGCUCCGCUUGGCCAAAGAUGCUCAGUAUAUGAGCUACUACCCACAGUAUCACCAGCCCCUGCAGAUGUUGCUGGGGAAACCCCUCUACCUGGAAGUGAGGCUACUCAACGCCCCGGAUCCCAGUUUGAGGCUGCUGGUGCACUACUGCGUGGCCUACUCGCGGUCUGGAAGCUCUGUGUGGGUGCUGCUUUACAACGGAUGCCCCAACCCCUUGGACCCAACUUCUCGGGUUGUGCUGUCUGAUCCUCAACUUCCCUCCCCUCACGCUCAAACACGUCGCUUCACCAUGAGCACCUUCCAGUUUCUUCCUGAAGGAGAAAUCAAAGACCCAGAUGAGGAGAUUUACUUCAUGUGUUCGACUGAAGUCUGCUCGCCACGUGAUGGCCCGUGUGUCGAGGGCUGUUUUGGUCAUUGAUGUUACGGCAUGGAAGACACUUGAAGUUAACGACAACAUCCUGGCAGCAUUUAAGCACCAAUAAAAGCUCUCCAAGGACACGAGGCAUUGUGUGUGUCUGUUGAAGUGGCCACCACCCUGUGUUAAAACCUUUAGUGGUACGCUAUCAAAACGUGUGAGGCAUCAUUUGCACAUGCACCCUUGUACAUGUGACGCUGUCAGUGCUGCUUAAAACAUGCAUUAGAGUUGUCACAACUAUUCAAAUAAAAUAUUCCUUUUUA